GAGGUUGACUUUCAGCUGGGACUCGGUGUUGGCCGAUCUUUCGAUCUUCUCCUCCCGUCUUCCUCUCAUCUCCUUGCUUUGGCUCGCACCUCCAGCUCUCGCUCUCGCUCUUUCUCCCAUGGCAAAGAAACUCGUUCACUACGUAGUGGUCGACGCAUUCACUGAGACCGUGUUCAAGGGGAACCCCGCGGCGGUGUGCUUCCUGGAGGAGGAUGAAGAGAAGGACGUGGAGUGGCUACAGGCAGUGGCUAGGGAGUUCAACAUCUCCAUAACUUGCUUCCUGGCUCGAGUAGCUGCCUCGGGGACGGAGGACUCGAGCCCGAGGUUCCGCCUCAGAUGGUUCACUCCCAUCACUGAGCUUAACCUCUGUGGUCAUGGAACACUAGCUGCUACACACGCCCUUAUUACCUCUGGGAAGGUGGAUUCAGAUACUAUCCAAUACGUCACCUCGUCAGGAACUCUAACCGCUAAAAGGGUGUCCGAAAUCGAGACAGGAUUCUUCAUCGAAUUGGUUUUUCCUGUUGCCCCGAUUUCAGAAUGCGACAGCGAGAGUGCGUCAUCCCUCUCCAGAGUAUUCGAUGGUGCUUCCAUAGUCGAAGUCAAGAAGACGGCAAAAGAUGACCUUCUUGUCGUUUUCUCAUCAGGAAAAGCAGUUGAAGACUUGCAGCCACAAUUCGAUAAUAUACGAAGUUGUGCAGGAAGGGGCAUUAUCAUAACAGGACUUGCUCAACCGGACUCGGGAUUUGAUUAUGUCAAUCGGUUCUUCAGUCCAAAACUUGGGGUGAACGAGGAUCACGUGUGCGGGAGUGCAAACUGUUUUCUGGCGCCUUAUUGGAGCAAAAAGCUCAGAAAAAAUGAUUUCGUUGUUUAUGCUGCAUCGCCUAGAGGAGGAGUCGUGAACGUGUGCCUGGACGAGCAAAACCAGAGAGUCACGCUGCGUGGGAAAGCUGUAACUGUAAUGACGGGUUCUAUUCUUGUUUAAAAAUACUUCGAGCAAGCAAGAUUCGUCUUGUAAACAAGGCACAGGGCGAGAUGGAAUAAGUAUUCUGAUGGCAUGAAUUGAGAUUGUCAGUUGUUUAAUGCUGCAGACCAUAGCUGAGAUUCGCAGUAUGCUUGGAGCUGUAGCCUAUGUAGCAUAAUCAAAGAGACGACUGAACAACCAUUUAUCUCGUUCUUGCUUUUAUGUAUUUGAGGGAUAGUGCAUCAACCACUUUGUCUCGUUUA